GGGUGGAGGCUGGGCCCCUCUCCGCGGGUCUGCAGUCGGUCAUUGGCUCCCUGCGGUUUCCUUGGGGACGUGGCGCCGCCGCUCGCCCAGGCCUCUUUCCCGCUGGGCGAAAGGCCGCGGGGAAGCGCGCUGGACCGGGCGGAACGUUGCCGAGGGAGCCUGCGGGCCGCUCGACCUGCUGCAGACUUAGGAGAUGCCUGAGACAAGGAGACCAAUUUCUCAGGGCAAAAAGAAAAGGAGGUGACAGGCACUGAGACCACUGAAGGGAUCCCAUGGCUAGGAUCAGUUUUUCCUACCUCUGCCCAGCCUCCUGGUACUUUACUGUGCCCACAGUGAGUCCAUUUCCACGUCAGCGGGUGGCAUUCCUAGGACUCUUCUUCAUAUCCUGUCUCCUUUUACUUAUGUUAAUCAUGGACUUUCGACAUUGGGGUGCUUCAUUACCACGAGAUAGGCAAUAUGAAAGGUAUUUGGCACGAGUCGGGGAGCUUGAAGCGACUGACACUGCAGACCCAACUCUGAAUUACGGACUUGUUGUGGACUGUGGCAGCAGUGGCUCCCGGAUUUUUGUUUAUUUCUGGCCAAGACAUAAUGGCAACCCCCAUGAUUUGCUGGAUAUCAAACAGAUGAGAGACCGCAACAGCCAGCCAGUCGUUAAAAAAAUCAAGCCAGGAAUCUCUGCAAUGGCAGACACCCCAGAACAUGCCAGUGAUUACCUUCGUCCUCUGCUCAGCUUUGCCGCUGCUCACGUGCCUGUGAAGAAGCACAAGGAGACACCCCUCUACAUCCUCUGCACUGCAGGCAUGCGGCUUCUCCCCGAGAGAAAGCAGCUGGCCAUCUUGGCUGAUCUAGUGAGGGAUUUACCGCUGGAGUUUGACUUCCUCUUUUCUCAGUCUCAGGCAGAAGUGAUCUCUGGGAAGCAGGAAGGAGUUUAUGCAUGGAUUGGAAUCAACUUUGUUUUGGGAAGAUUUGACCAUGAGGAUGAAUCUGAUGCCGAAGCUCCCCAGGAACUGGCAGCAGGGCGCAGAAGGACAGUAGGGAUACUGGAUAUGGGAGGAGCCUCUCUUCAAAUUGCUUAUGAAGUUCCUACCUCAACUUCUGUCCUUCCUCCAAAACAGGAAGAAGAAGCAAAGAUCCUGCUGGCUGAAUUCAACCUGGGCUGUGAUGUGCAGCAUACUGAACACGUGUAUAGGGUUUAUGUCACAACCUUCCUGGGUUUUGGGGGUAACUUUGCUCGGCAACGCUAUGAAGACCUUGUGCUGAAUGAAACCCUUCACAAAAAUAGGUUGCUGGGCCAGAAGAUCGGUCUGAGUCCGGACAGUCCAUUUCUGGAUCCCUGCCUGCCCGUGGGCCUCACAGAUGUGGUGGAGAGGAACAGCCAGGUGCUGCACAUCCGAGGAAGGGGAGACUGGGCGUCUUGCGGGGCGAUGCUGAGCCCCCUGCUGGCUCGCUCCAACACCAGCCAGGCCUCGCUGAAUGGCAUCUACCAGUCACCAAUUGACUUCAACAACAGUGAAUUUUACGGUUUCUCUGAGUUUUUUUACUGUACAGAGGAUGUGUUACGCAUCGGUGGCCGCUAUCAUGGGCCAACAUUUGCCAAGGCUGCCCAGGAUUACUGUGGCAUGGCCUGGUCAGUACUAACCCAGAGAUUCAAGAAUGGCCUCUUUUCAUCUCACGCAGAUGAACAUCGACUCAAAUACCAGUGUUUUAAAUCGGCUUGGAUGUACCAAGUCCUUCAUGAAGGAUUCCAUUUUCCCUAUGACUACCCGCACCUGCAGACAGCCCAGCUGGUGUAUGACCGAGAGGUUCAGUGGACACUGGGAGCCAUUCUGUAUAAAACACGAUUCUUACCACUCAGGGAUCUACGGCAAGAAGGUGUCCGGCAGGCCCAUGGCAGCUGGUUCCGCCUCUCCUUUGUCUACAACCACUAUCUCUUCUUUGCCUGCAUCCUGGUGGUGCUAUUGGCCAUCAUCCUGUACCUUCUGCGUCUGCGCCGAAUUCACCACCGACAAACUCGACCCUCAGCUCCACUGGACUUGUUGUGGAUUGAGGAGGUGGUGCCCAUGAUUGGGGUACAGGUAGGGCCGUGAGGCCAGACAAAGACUGGGGAAGCCCAAGUAUCCCAGAGUGCUGCCCAUUGAAUUCCACCACUUUCUUGUUUUGGCCUCAGAUGCUGCUUUGCCUGACCUUGGGAUAUUUGGCCUUGGAAUUUCUACCUUAAUAUCUACUUUAAUUCCUUUUCAUUAUCUAGGUCCUCUUCUCUGAGAGAAGCUGUAAUUUAGUCUGUGAAGAACUAAAUAAUGAGAGUUUGGUGCUAACAAAGAGGACCAAUCUUAGUCCAGUGGAAGCAUGCUUCUACCCCUUUAUCUGAGAGGUCUGGUGUGUUUCUGGCAUCUAGACUUUUCUCCCCUUGCUAAAGCAUGAAGUUUGGCAUUGGGCAGACUGGAAGCCUGGUUGUAACCAAACAGGAGCAUCUGAUACAAAGCCGAAGACAUUCCAGCAAGUGCAGCAGCCGCUUCUUUCUCUGUAACAGAGAUAUCAUUUAUGUGGACAUCCACACUCUUUAGUAGGGAUCCAAGAUAUUUGCAUUUCAGUGGAACAGAUGUGAGCUUCCAGGCAAACAAAAUAACAUAGUUUCUUUGCUUACUUGACAAAGAAG